AUGUCAUUGACGGACCUAAUCUCCGUCGUUCCUCUCGACGGCGAGGAGGAAGAGGCGGAAGACAUUUUCGCUUUCGCCGCGGGCCUCAUAUUUCCAGGUGAUACACGAAUUGUGCACGGCGACGAGCGCAGCGUAAUCGUAUACCGAAGCCAACGAUUCGGCGACAUUGAACUGCGAAACGCGGAUCCUCAAAGCGAAGACGAACGGCGACUGUACGCACACUACCUGUGGAAUGCCGGACUCAAGAUGGCGGAGCUCAUCAGCUCAGAAGUGGAUGCGAGGUGGAGUGUGAAGGGACACCGAGUGUUGGAGUUGGGAGCAGGAGUUGGACUGACUGGCAUCGUGGCCUGUCUCGCAGGGGCACAAGAGGUCGUCAUCUCAGACUACCCGGCUACGGCCCUCAUCGAGAACAUCGAGCGCAACACAAAGAAGGCAAUCCCGCCGGAGUUUUCGUCGAAGUACAGCGUCCAAGGCUACGAGUGGGGAGACUGCGCCUCAUCGUUUGCGACGAGCAACAGGCACUCGUUCUCGCGUAUCGUGGCCGCUGACUGCUAUUGGAUGCCCAACGAGCACAAGAAUUUGGUGACUUCGAUGCUUCACUUGCUCGAUGACUCCUUCGAGGCACGGGUCCUGGCGAUUGCUGGAUUUCACACAGGUCGUGCAAACCUCGCUGGGUUCUUCGACGAGGCAGAAGAGCAGGGAUUGGAGGUUGAGGAGAUUGUUGAAGAGGACGUGGCUGGUGUGAGGCGGGACUGGGCGAGAGAGAGGGAUGGUGGGAUUGAAAAUCAAGUUGAGAGGAAGAGGUGGCUUGUUAUCGCCGUGUUGAAGAGGCGAUCAAGCUGA